UCCCUCUGGGCUCUGGCUGUAGGAUGUUGGAGAAUCAAGAGCAAGAAGAGCUGACCACGGUGCGUGUUCAGGACCCUCGGAUCCAGAACGAAGGCUCCUGGAAUUCCUACGUGGAUUACAAGAUCUUCCUGCACACCAACAGCAAAGCCUUCACGGCCAAGACGUCGUGUGUGCGCAGACGAUACCGCGAGUUCGUGUGGCUGAGGAAGCAGCUCCAGAAAAACGCUGGCUUAGUGCCCGUCCCGGAGCUGCCCGGGAAGUCGACCCUCUUCGCCGGCAGCACGGAUGAGUUCAUUGAAGGCCGGGCUCUGACCCCUCCCUGCCUGUCUCUCUCCAGGGUGGUGCAGAACGUGGUUCUCCUGUCCGACAGCCAGUUGCAUCUCUUCCUGCAGAGCCAGCUGCCGGUGCCCGAGAUCGAGGCGUGCGUGCAGGGCCGGAGCCCCCUGACCGUCACGGAGGCCAUCCUCCGCUACGCCAUGUCCAACUGCGGCUGGGUGCAGGAGGAAGACCCCCGCCCUGCUCUCAUGGCCGGGGCAGGACUCUCAACGUGGUUCUCCUGUCCGACAGCCAGUUGCAUCUCUUCCUGCAGAGCCAGCUGCCGGUGCCCGAGAUCGAGGCGUGCGUGCAGGGCCGGAGCCCCCUGA